AUGCCGUCAGAAUACAUUGACUUUGAUCUCCCGUGUAGAUUGAAACAUCCGGUCGGUCUUGCAGUGGGAGAUAUUGAAAAGAUUCAAGUCAAUGCGUUGAUUGAUCGCUACGUCAUGCAGGUCGAGUUGGUUUUAGAUAUGGAGGAAACUGUUCCGAAAAAAUUUGCCAAUCGUGCUCAUGUUAAAAAACAUGUAGAGUAUCCAAACAAGGAUGAAUCCAAGCUCUAUGAGCAUCUUCUAGGCUUUAGCCGACCAACAGAAGAGGAGGAGGAGAAUGCAGCCCCAGAGCUUCCUCCUGAAUUUCAGCCGCUGAUAGAGAGAAUGGAAGAGCAAGAGAACAGAAUCAAAGGAAUAUACCAGCUGUUAGAGGAACAAUCAAAAAUGCUCAAAUCGAUAAAUCAACUGAAGCACGCAGAGGAGGAAUUUCGGCAGUCACAGCAGAGAAAAAUCUCAAGACGAUUAGCUCCCCACAGGUUCUAGGUUUAGUUUAUAAGUCCCCUUUCUUUACAUCAUAGCUGACAUUAUUACACUUAUUAAUCGUUCAAAUCAAAUAUUUGACUGUCGAGCGGAUGAAAAAACCUGUCAAACCAGUCGUACCAACGAUGACAGCCAAUCAAAGCGAGAGAAAGCAUUUGUCAUUAUUCUAAAGAUAAGAGACACUAUCAAUCUCAUUGAAAAGUUGAGAAAGUAGAUUAGACCAAUUAUCGUUGCCAAAAGGAAUAAAUUGACAACGACGUCAUACACAGGCUAAUUAAAUUCCACUGCAAAACAUUAAUGUAUUUCUCUGUUACGUUAAUGAGUUUCUCUGCUAAAAAAAGGGUUUAAUCCCUUCCCUACUGUAUUACUCGUACUUAGCUUUAUCAAUGAUUCAAGUUAAGCGUUUUCAAUACAUUGCAUUCUUUUCAUUCAGAAGUAUUUAGUUUUUCGAUGAUUCGCUGCAGUUUAUCAUAUUUAGCCUCUGAACACUGUUACCUGUUACAUUUGCAGUUAAGAGGCUGGGUUAAGGUAUUUUACUUAAUUCUGUUUAUUUUCGGUAAUUACGAGGUUUAAACUUCAAAUUGACAAUGUAACUGUCUUCUUCGAGCAAAAUCACAGCCACACAACAAACUGGGAUGAUUUUCGACCGCUAUAAAUAGCGCCUUCAUACUAAUUGAGAUGAACUUGAAAAAAGUUGGUCCGCUGUUUUUCAAGUUUACCCGAAUGCAAUCCGUUUCAAUGUUCUCAAUUUUGCCCAUCCAUGCCUCCUUUUGGCUUUUCUGUGUUGCUUUUAAGUUUUUCAUAGUUUUAAGCCGUUAUAUAAUGUGGUAAUGAUCAUUUGGUUAGUCAUAAACUUGACUAAAAUUGUGUGACCCAACCCCUAGUCUUCUCAACCAGCAUUUUAACUACACGUAUUAUGAGCCGAAAAUCAGUCUCUCUUUCAAUUACUUCAAGUCAUUUAUUCCGAGUUAACAUGACCCAUUCCCAAAGGAAUAGUUUGCUUUUUUUUCCAGCAAGUUGUAAGACUGAGGAUAGUAUUGACUGUUAAUAAAGCUAAUGGAGUUUAAUUACUAGAGGUCUCUGCGUUUAUCUCUGCACUUGAUUAUCUUCUAAGCAAGGUCGUUUUUCUUGCAACAAGCUCUGAACAUUGUUCCAUGUCACCGUAAUUCUCUGGUAAAAUCUUUACAAACUGGAAAUAACAAAGGAAAGAUUUUCUUUUCAAAGAAAAUUGUUUCCCUUUCACCGUGGUCAUUAAUUUUUCUCGCACCAGCCAUGCGCCGAAAGUUGAGCCCAUUUAACUUCAAUGAGUCUUCUAGCGAUGAUGACCCUAUGUUAUUCCCCUUAAGACUGAGGUCAUUUUUUUUUUUCAAGAAGCCAAAUUGUUUUAAUAUCGCUUUCAACCUGUGUCACUUUUCCAGAAAAUACCAUAGAAAAGUUUUGUCAUUUAGCCUUAGGAAAUUCAAAUACUCAGCAAAUAUUCCGUGUUCCCCAUUAGUUUGCAGGUUGCUUUCCCUGGCCAUUUAAUUUUUGUUUCCUCCACGUGCGUUUCCUCAAUACAUGUCCUAUUUUAACUCCCUCAUGGCCUACUCGCUGCGGUAG